CUGAAGUACGACGGGAGGAGGGUUUUGGGGUUUAAGAGCGACGUUACAGCCUCCGCCAUUUCAAUUCCUCGUGUUCUGGUUUCCAUUGUUGGAGGGCUUCUCUGAGCUCUUCGUCACUACUAAUAUCAUCUCACCAUGUGGGCUCUUCGUAGAGCUUCUACUCCCCUUAGGAAUCAAGGGUAUAGAGUAAGAACUUCAUAUGUCUUUGGAAAUCUAGAGAUACCAUACUAUUGGGAAGGAAAUAUAGUUGGUUCUGGUACCACCGCUGCUAUAUCUGAUAGAUGCAUUUAUUUUGAGAGAAAUGGCCUUGCAACAUGGCAGUCCUCUGGACUUUAUAUUAGUAGUCAUGCUCUAUCUUCACAAGCUGGUGCUGAGAACAGUGAAAAGGAAGAUGACUUGGAAGAUGGAUUUUCUGAACUUGAAGAGAACAAGACAGCUGAUGAAAAUGAAGAGGAUCGAACCUCUGGAUCGGAGAUUGAUGUUGAUGAUGAUGAUGAUGAUGAUGAUGAUGAUGUUGAUGAUACUCAAGAUGCUGAAAAUAUAUCUACAAAAAGGGCUCCUUCAGAGCUGUUCAAGGCAAUUUCGAGUUCUCCAGGUUUAUCUGUUCCUAGUGCACUUGAUAAGUGGGUCAGUGAAGGAAAAGAACUAAGCCGAGCUGACAUCUCUCUGGCCAUGCUCAAUCUUCGUAGACGACGAAUGUUUGGGAAGGCUUUACAGUUUUCAGAGUGGUUGGAAGCAAAGGGACAACUCGAUUUUAUUGACAGAGAUUAUGCUUCUCGCCUCGACUUGAUUGCAAAGGUACGGGGUCCCUAUAAGGCAGAGAGUUACAUCGCUCAAAUUCCGAAGUCUUUCCAGGGGGAGGUGAUAUACCGAACUCUUUUGGCUAACUGUGUGAUCGCCAACAACGUAAAAAAAGCAGAGGAAGUGUUUAACAAAAUGAAGGACCUUGAAUUCCCAAUCACAACAUUUGCUUGCAACCAGUUGCUUCUUCUUUACAAGAGGCUUGACAAAAGGAAAAUAGCAGACGUUUUGUUGUUGAUGGAGAAAGAAAAUGUCAAGCCUUCUCUGUUCACUUACAAAAUCUUAAUAGAUGCUAAAGGCGUUUCAAAUGACAUGAUAGGGAUGGAACAAGUUGUUGAUACAAUGAAGGCUGAAGGAAUUGAACUAGAUGUUACUGCGCUUUCCAUAUUAGCAAAGCACUAUGCUUCAUGUGGGCUUAAAGACAAAGCCAAGGCCAUUUUGAAGGAGAUGGAAGAUGUUAACUCCAAAGAUUCUCGAUGGCAUUGCAGAAUUUCACUUCCCCUUUAUGGAGAACUGCAAAUGGAAGAUGAAGUGAGGAGGCUCUGGAAGAUCUGUGAGUCGAAUCCUCGUUUCGAAGAAUGCAUGGCUGCCAUUGUUGCUUGGGGAAAGCUGAAGAACGUCACAGAAGCUGAGGAAAUUUUUCAUAUGGUUUUAAAAACAUGGAAGAAGCUUUCCUCAAAACAAUAUUCUACCAUGUUGAAGGUUUAUACAGACAAUAAGAUGCUGAAAAAGGGCAAGGAACUAGUCAAGCAGAUGGCAGACAGCGGUUGCCGCGUCGAUCCGUUGACAUGGGAUGCAGUUGUGAAGCUCUAUGUGGAAGCUGGGGAGGUAGAAAAGGCGGACUCAUUUUUGCAGAAGGCUGUUCAGAAAAACCAGAUCAAGCCACUGUUUACCUCGUACAUGAUCAUCAUGGAUCAGUAUGCGAGUCGAGGCGAUGUCCACAAUGCAGAGAAAAUCUUUCAUAGGAUGAGACUAUCGGGUUAUGUGGCUCGAUUUAGCCAAUUUCAAGCUUUAAUACGGGCAUAUGUUAAUGCCAAGGCUCCAGCAUAUGGUAUGAAGGAGAGAAUGAAGGCAGAUAAUGUAUUUCCAAACAAAGAUUUGGCAGGAAAAUUAGCCCAAAUUGAUGCGUUCAGGAGGACAGCAGUGUCAGAUUUGCUUGACUGAGGUAUACCGAUAGGACAAAGAAAUUUCGAUAUUGGAUCGUGCUGCACAUGUUCAUAUAUUUCGAUCAUCCGAAGAACUCUGAUUAUGCAGAAACUCAAAAUGGUAUACUAUUUUACAUCUCUCCCACGUUUGGUAUGCAAUGUGUAUUCUGUUUCAUUUUUCGUAAUCGAAUGGAUUCGAUAAAUGUCUGUUGAACUGUUUUUGGAAUAGGGCAUCUAAAUAGUGGAUAUUUUAGAAAUGAUAUUUUUAUCUUUUCAGUA